CCUUCCUCUUCACAACAAACCUGCACCACAAUUCCACUGCUGUCACAGCAUUCAUACAAAUUGGUUUGCGCCUCCGCAUUUUGAGCCAUACAACACUCGCAAUACGAACCCAAAAUCUCCCACAGCAACAAUGUCUUCCUUCGUUGGGCAAUCUGCCCAAGGCAUCGCCGCCACCGAGUCCUCUACAAAUGAGCGAAAUGAAGGCGGCAACUCUCCUGAGGCCAUAUACCAAGGCAACAACGAAGCUGCCGCUACUGGCGGGGAGAGCUUCAACGACAGUGGAAUUUUCGAGGACGACGAUUCAUAUCGCCCGACGGCCGAUUACAAGGACUUCCAGCUCUUCGAUGGUGACCUCCCUGAGAUCGAUCCCGACACGGACAAAUUCUUCGCAGAUGCAGACGCCUCCGUGCAACACCAUACCGAGUUCUUCUAUUUGGGAAGCAACGAUAGCGGUGUCGGGUUCGACGACCACACUCCGGGCCCUCAGAUUCCUGCGUCUGAGGACGACGCACUCUUCCAAGAUGCUGUCCAGCAAGUGACCUCCACCGCGGUCAGCAAUACGGUCUAUGAAGCUCUCGAAGAUUACGAUGUUCGCUCGCAAUCUACCUAUAUCCCCCCGCCGUCUCCACAAGUCGGAGACGUCGCUAUAGACCCGCUUGUUGGGUGGGUAGGCAGCUAUCUCCGCCAUGAAUAUAUCGCAUACCAGCUUUCACAACCGCUUUACGCCGUGCACGAGUCGGAGGAAUAGUCGGCCCUUUGUCUCUUUUACGACCUUGGUAACGGCAUUCCUUUGGAUAUUUUGUCCAAAUUUUGGAAAUUUUGCUUGGAUUUGGUUAAGAAUCAUAAGUGCUCGCGAGGGAACGGUAUCGCUUGAGCUGAUGGUCGGGUGGACUUGCGGCGUUGUUAAUACGGAGCGAGAGAUAUGAUGAUAAGAGCAGUGGAGUUUCUGGCGUUGGACGGUGUUUAUAUACCAAAAGUUUUUUCUUUGUUCCUCCUCAUUACAUAUGAUAUCCAAGCUUUAAAUAUAUCGACCGAAUUUACAUUUUCGGCUCUCGAUCUCCAUCCCACCCGUCUGUGCACUUACAGUCGUCUGAUCUUCCGCACUCCAUCUGAACCUAAAUUCCCAUCCCUCCAUCGCCACGCUCUCCUUGCCCACCUCGUUCUGCAAGGACAGAGGUGUUACUCCUCUCUCCCUCCCUGACCCACCGUAUCCUCCUAAUCCGAUGCUCCAUCAUCACUAUCAACCCCCUUUCAUCAAACACUGUUCCAAAUCUCUCCCACUAAAUCCAUUUACCUGCGGCCCAGAAAAUCAUGUUUCCACCCCUCCUCCCCCCAUCUCUCAUCCCUCACUCCCCCUAUUCUCGCCCCUCGCCCCGCUCCCCCUCACCUCGUUCGCUGCACCUUCAUCCUCACAUCCUCGCAUCUCACAUCCUCGCAUCUUACAUCCUAGCAUCUUACAUCCUCACACCUCACAUCCCGCAUCCUCACAAUCUCAACCCCGCGAUGAUCAGCGCCCCCGCCCCCAGCCCGUCGCCGCCGCCGUCGCCAACGCCGCCGCCUCCUACCACCAACCGCGCACCCGCUCCGUUGCCGAUACGCCAAUUUUAACCUUACCGGUCCCUUACCUUACCUGGUCGGCUGGCUGCAUGGUGUGAGCUUGAGGCGUGAGCUUAAGGCUUAGGGUUGAGUUGGGGUUUGGAUUUAUUUGGGUUUGGGUUUGGACUUGGGUUUGGAUUUAUUUGGGUUUGGGCUUGGAUUUGGUUUGACUGCACCCUACAGUACUGACAGAUCGCCACCCAGUUACCAGAAUCUAGUGUUAAACUUCGUAGGUAGUUGUCGCAGCACGGCACGACGCAAAGGCGGCCGUGGCGGCGAAUACCUGCUGCGGCGGCCAGUGGGUGAGUGAGUGAGUGGUGUCUGCGAUGAGAACGCUAAAAUUACAGGUGGAUGGAUGGAUUGAUUGUUUAGUUUGUAUUGUGGAUAAAAUAAUAACAGGCUCUGGUGGGCCUGUUAACCAGGCUGUAAGGUAUCUAAGGUUAUGUACAGUCCAAGUUUGGAUCGUUAUUGUUGAAUGCAAGCUGCGAAGAGAUUGUCGUGUACGGUUGGUAGUGUAUUGUAUUGUAUUGUAGUUUAUAUUUGCGACCUGUAGGUAGUGAUUGGAAUAUAUCAUAAGAGAAAUAAGGUAAGUGGAUCCGAAAGAGUGCAGCUGGCGCGGUACCUACUCAUCCACUUCUGACAGAACAAUUAAGCACCACAACAAAUACUGCCUCGUCGUAGCCUCGUGAGACCCAGAGUCAUCUAUCUCCCCCUCCCCAAACAUCCCUUACUUUCAGGUCAUGGCCAUAAUCAUAACCAAACACAGACCACUGCCAUAUCCCAGGUCCUGCCUUCCACUGGCAAACUCAGCCAGUACCUCGCAUCGCUCGACCGAUACCCCUCGUCUCUUGGAACGGUACGGUACGUCGGUACCAGAGAGAGAGCGGUGAAGGGGAAGGUAACUAUGAGGCUAGAUUGGGUUGCGAAAAAAAAAUUGAGAGCCCAAAAUGCGAUGUGCAACAGAAUUAGAAAGGGAUUAAUCGGACAACUGCGGGGAUUGGAGAGGAGGGAAGCAAAUGUCCGAAUGCCAUGUGGUUGUGCGGGGUUGGGCUGUUCUGGGCGGCGGCAUGGUGGCUUUAGGGACCUACCUGCAUCAGCAAAAUGGCGAUCUCAGGAGGGUGAGAGAAGCCUGAUGAUAUGUUGAGAUAGCUGGUAGGACUGGUAUUGGAUUUGAAUUGUUUCGUGCUUUUUGGGGGAGUAAGGGCCUGUGGAGCUGUGGUGGGGUGGGGUGUGAGAUGGGCGUGGAAUUUGCGCAGUAAUUAAUGGUGGGAGAUGCAAUUGGUCAUGGUCUGCUGCACAGCUUGGAGAUAUGGUAUUGGCUAAUGGUAGAUCCGCAUCAAUUUUAUUGAAGCUGUCUCCAAAUCCUGUUGUAAAUGUAGAAGGUUCUGACAUAGGUACAUCGACGGAGUGGCAGAAAGCGGGGUUGUCUCUUUUAUUCAAGCGAGUCGCCAAGAUUGAAGUUCCGUUACGAAGUAUCUUCUGUGCAAAUCGUAGAUAUGUAGGAAUUGUAGCAUAUCCUUUA